AAGCGUUGUCGCCCUAUGGAUCAAAGUUGCUUGCCGGACAGGAAGGGGGUCCAAGUUGGGACCCCAGUAAAUAGCAACUGGCGAUUAUGGGUAAUGCUUCAGCAUCAAAAUUAAAACAAAAACACAAGAGAAGAAGAAGAAAGACAAGAUUUUGGAUUAGAUUGGGGAUUAUGAUGGAUUAUACAUUUAUGAUCGCCUCUGAUGUCAAUAAGUAAACAAGGGUUUUGAUUUUUACACAAUCCACUCGCACAUUUUACAUGCAGCAGCUCACGCGAACAGGGGAGACAAAAACAAGACAGUUUCUAAUCAACCAAGCGGUGAGACAAAUCAGGAUACACAAACUUCCGCUCAUCUCAAUUCUUCCUUUACGAGUUAGGUUGAAGUUUGACGGUUGUGUAAUGACAUCUUCAGUCCAUGAUAAAUCUGGUUCAGAGAGCGACGAGGAGAAACCUUUAGAAGAUCAGCAUCAAUCUUUAUCCCCCGUGGUUGGGAAUGGGAUUUCUCAUCCUGGCGCAACUCCAAACAUUCCGUUUGGCACCUCACAGAUUGGAGCCGGAAAUGCAACGGGUCAUUCAACGUACCCAUACCCAGAUCCUUAUUACAGAAGCAUCUUUGCUCCAUACGACGGACAUCCUUAUCCUUCUCAACCAUAUCCUGCACAGCCAAUGGUCCACCUCCAAUUGAUGGGAAUCCAACAAGCUGGCGUUCCUCUGCCGUCAGAUGCUGUUGAGGAGCCGGUGUUUGUGAAUGCAAAACAGUAUCAUGGGAUACUAAGGCGAAGGCACUCUCGUGCAAAGGCUGAAUUGGAGAACAAAAUGCUCAAAUCUAGGAAGCCAUACUUGCAUGAAUCUCGACAUCAGCACGCACUGAGGAGAGAAAGAGGAUGCGGAGGACGUUUUCUUAAUAAAAAGAAUACGGAAGGACAGGAGAAGAAAGAUGUAUCUUCUGAUGGGGACAAACCACCACAACAGGGUAGCAUAAACCUGAACAAGAACAACGACGAACCUGCAUCUUGAUCACAGUUUACGUGACAUAAUGACUAUAAUGAGAAUGAGAUAAGACAAAGCAACCCCAUAAAUGUUUGGUUUGUAGGUUAGUAGUUUGAUCUAAACUCUACAUGUGAAGAAUGCGAAUAUGUUCUAAUUAGGCCUUUGAAAAUGCUAGAAUCAGGAUUUUAAGUGUUUUGUUGCUGCUGCUGUUAUUAGUAUGCUGUUUAAAAUGACUUGCAAUAGUUUGUUUGUUUGUUUGUUUGUUUUUUUCUUACUUACUUACUUUUACGAAUAUCGAUGGUUUUCUUGUCGCCUUAGGUAGAUGUGGAAGGUGUUUAUAUUUUGUAUGGGGGAAAUAACAAGAUGAACAUGUUGGUGUUGGUGGUGUUGUCAUGCUUAGAUUUUAGGUUGGAAAUAAAGGUAAUUUAGCUUUUGCAUGGUUGAA